CGAACAUUACUUUGGGUUUUGCAGUUUCUCUCCGGGCAUGUCUUAUUCCGUCGUGAGCGGAGCUAAGUCGGUUACAAGGGCGGGUCAGCUCGGUGCAGUUCGGGAGGAGAAUCGGGGUAGGGAUGAAACAACAAAUAGAGAUGGGAUGGGAAAGGCUCCUUGGAGAGAUAGAGGUGCAAAGACAGGUACAGGCUUAGGAACUGGUACAGGACUAGGUAGAAGUUCACUCACAGAUACAGGUGUUAGGAAAAGUUCAAGUAAAACAAAAGUUUCAAGUGAAAUUUCAAGCACAAGCCAGCGUGGGGAUAAGGGUAAUGCUAUGGUACUACAAAAAUGUAGUGCCACUAAUCAAAAUGCAUCUCCGCCCAAAUCUAGUCAAAAAACAACUUACUGUCAUGGUGCAUAUUCUGUAACGGUACCAGAUCAGAAGAAGAGGAGUGACUUACAGAAAAAAGCAGCUGCAGAAUUGGCUGCCUUGGAAAAGCUGAAACGUCGAAAUAUCAGACAAGUUUCUAUCAUUCCAAGCAGUGUUGGGGGUACACUGACACAGGAGGAAGUAAGGCAGAAACAGCAGCUGGCUUUUGAUAAAGCUAAAGCAGAGCAGGAGGAAACCCAUACAAUCACUGGGAGAAUGCAAAGACUCCUUACAGACAGUUGUGGUGAUUAAAGCCCGAUCGAUGAUUGUCGGUGCUGCAAAGCAAUUGCGCUCCAAUACUGUGCUACCAUCAAAAGCACAAUUGUACUAACCACUUCGAUACAGUGCUUCCGAUCAAAUAAGCCAUUGUGCUAACCGAUCUGACACUGCUGCCAAUCAGAUGCACAACUAAACUAUUCAUUGUGUCUACCAACACAAUGUGCAUAUGCUUUUAUUUCCAGCACUUUUAUGUCCCUUUCUAAGAGCCUCUGGAACUCCCCUUUCAUAUCAGCUACCCUCCACCACUCCUGGCAGUGAAUUCCAAGCUUCCAUCACUCAAAAUUGCCCUGCACAUCAUCUUUGAUAUUGCCCCCUCUCACCUUAACUCCAUGCCUUCUGGUAUUAGACAUCUUAACCCUUGGAGAAAGCUACAAGCUGUCAACCUAUCUGUGCCUCUCGCAAUCUUAAUAUGCCUCUGUCAACUCUCCCGCAAGCAUCCAAUGCUGAAGAGGAAACAUACCAAGCUCAGCAGAAGGGAAAACCACAGGACUUGUGUUGGAAGGAGGAAUCUGAGGAAGAUUUUUUCCACCCCGAGAUCAUUAAGAUCUCGGACACACUACCUGAGCAAGCAGCAGUGGCAGGUUACAUAGAAACGUAGAAAACCUACAGCAUGAUACAGGCCCUUGGGCCCACAAGGUUGUGCCGAACAUGUCCUUACCUUGGAAAUUACUAGGGUUACCUAUAGCCCUCUAUUUUUCUAAGCUCCAUGUAUAUAUCUAAAAGCCUCUUAAAAGACCCUAUCGCAUCUGCCUCCACCACCAUUGCUGGCUGCCCAUUCCACUCACUCAACACUCUCUGAGUAAAAAACUUAGCUCGACAUCCCCUCUGUACGUACUCCUCAGCACUUUAAACUCGUGUUCUCUUGUGGCAACCAUUUCAGCCCUAGGAAAAAGCCUCUGACUAUCCACGUGAUCAUUUAUAUACACUUUACAAGCUGUUUAGAUGAUCACAUGAAAAACCAUGACACUUUUAGGAAACUGGAGCACCCAGAGAAAACCCAUGCAUUCCACAGGGAGAACAUACAGAGACUCCAUACAGAACAUCACCAGAAUUGAACUUUGGAAUACCCCCAGCUGUAAUAGUAUGGCACUAAGCACUACGUUACCAUGGUGCCCAAUUCUAGUCCUUUUGAAAUGAAUGCUAAUAUUGCAUUCAUCUUCCUUACCACUGAUUCAACCUGCAAGUUAACCUUUCAGGAAUCCUGAAUAUUAUAAAUAUUGUAAUUACAAUAUUGUAAAUAGAUAAUUUGAUUAAUCAUUCUUAGUUGUUGAAGUAAUUCAUUAUGGCUAGAUGUACAAAAUAUGUGAAUCCUUGACCCCUCUGAAUUCUGAAAUGGCUCCCCGUUUAGAAAUAAUCUACAGCUUUAUUACUUAUAUUGAAAUGUGUAACCAUACACUUCCCUACACUGUAUAUUCCCUUUGAAAGUUACUGAAUCUUCUUCUUUUAUUGAUCAGUACAUUCAUGUCAGUACAGGAAAAAGAAGACAACCCAGCUUGUACAGUGCCCCCAGAAAUUUUCAAGUUUUAUUGUUUUACAACACUGAAUACCAGUGGAUUUAAUUUAGCUUUUUCUGACACUGAUCAACAGCGAAAGACUCUUCCGUGUCAAAGUGAAAAUGGAUCUCUACAAAGUGAUCUAAAUUAAAACACAAAAUAAUUGAUUGUGUAAGUACUCGCCCCCUUCAAAUCAAUGUAUAGUAGAUGCACCUUUGGCAGCAAUUACAGCCUUGAGUCUGUAUAGAUAAGUCUGUCAGCUUUGCACAUCUGGGCACUGCAAUUUUACCUCACUCUUCUUUACAAAGCUUUUCUCACUCUGUCAGAGUGUUCGGGGUCGUGAGUGAACAGCCCUUUUCAAGUCCAUCCUCAAAUUCUCAAUGAGAUUAGGUCUGAACUCUAACUUGGCUAGUCCAGGGCAUUAACUUCGUUGUUUUUAAGCCAUUCCUAUGUGGCUUUAUAAGUGGGGUCAUUGUCUUGCUGGAAAACAAACCUUCUCCCAAGUCACAUUUCUCCUGUAGACUCCAGGAUUUCGCUGCAUCUUGCUGCAUCCAUUUUGCCCUCUACCUUCACAAGCCUUCCAGGGGCUGCUGCAGUGAAGCAUCCCCACAGCAUGAUGCAGCCACCACUGCUUCACGGUAGGAAUGGUGUGUUUUUGAUGAUGUGCCAAACAUAGCGUUUAGUCUGAUAGACAAAAAGCUCAAUUUUGGUUUCUUUAGACGAGAGAACAUUCUUCCAACUGACUUCAGAGUCUCCGCGUGCCUUCUGGCAAACUCUAGCUGAGAUUUCAUGUGAAUUUUUUUCAACAGUGACUUUCUCUUUGCCACUUUUCCAUCUAAGCCACUGAAGUUUGUAACUCCUCCAGUGUUGUCAUAGUCUCUUGGUGGCCUCCCUCACUAGUCCCCUUCUUGCACAGUCACUCAGUUUUUGAAGACGGCCUGCUCCAGACAGACCUGUGUCAUAUUCCUUCCAUUUCUUAAUGAUUGACUUUAUUCCAAGUGAUAUUCAGUGACUUGGAAAUUUUCUUGUAUCCAUCUCCUGACUUGUGCUUUUCAGUAACCUCUUUGCGGAGCUGCUUGAAGAGUUCUUUUGUCUUCAUGGUGUGGUUUUUGCCAGGAUACUGACUCACCAGAAGUUAGUCCUUCUGGAUCCAGAUGUAUCUCUAUUACAAUCAAUUGAAACAGCUUGACAGCACAGAGCUCUCCAAAAACAGAUCUCUAUUUACCUAAUUAUGUGACUUCUAAAACCAAUUGGCUGUACCAGUGAUGAUUUGGUGUGUCAUAUUAAAGGAGGUGAACACUUAUGCAAUCAAUUAUUUUGUGUUUUAUAUUUGUAAUUAAUUCAAAUAAUUGUGGAGAUCUGUUUUCACUUUGACAUGAAAGAGUCUUUUUCUGUUGAUUAAUGUCAAAAAAGCCGAAUUAAAUCUACUGUGAUUCGG